UCAGAUGGCACCUAGCAAAUAAGAAGGCGGCUGGAUGGACGUGCCCUGUCCUGGGUGGAAAGCCAUCCAAGUAUCGGCCACAUCAGCUGACAUUCCCUGUGGAUGUCCAGGCUCUGAGCUCUGGUGUCCUGCCGACUCUGAGCCCAGAAUGUCCUGCACGGAAGCCCUGAAGCCGCCCCAGCCCAGCUCAUCAGGAGGUAUCACCACACCUGCCAUCGCCGCCACUAUGCCGGGGCCCGCUGGGCAUCAUCGGUGCUCCAUGGAAAGUGACCUGGAGUGCCUGGUAUGCCGAGAACCCUACAACUGUGCCCGGUCACCCAAGCUGCUCAGUUGCCAGCACACCUUCUGUGCCGUGUGCCUGAAGCUCCUGCUGUGUGUGCAAGAAGACACCUGGUCCAUUACCUGCCCGCUCUGUCGAAAGGUCACCGCCGUCCCGGGAGGUCUCAUCUGUAGCCUACGUGAUGAGGAGGCUGUGGUAGGGAGGCUGGUCCGGCCAGGGGCAGAGGUGCGGCUGUGUCCCCAGGGACUAACAGGUUCUACCGCCUUUGCACCAAGACACUCUAGCCUGGUAGGAGAGGAUGAGCAAGACGCCCUGAGUGCCAACCGUGUGGCAGCCCGGCGCCUGGCCGUCCACCUGCUCCUGCUGGUCCUGCUCAUUAUCCUCAUCCUACCCUUCAUCUACCCAGGCAUCAUCCGGUGGGUGCUGGCUUGCAUCAUCGCCCUGGCCCUGUUGAUGUCCACACUCUUCUGCUGUUAUCCCCAGAGCCAGGCCAGCUGCUGGCCCUGCUCUAAGACUUCCUUCUGCGGACAGCAGAAACAUAGCCAGAUCGCUUCCAUUGCUUGAUGGGACCCUGGGUCCCAGCAGCCCUGGCAAGUCUUUGGAUUUUACAAACAGGGUAAGGAACUAGGAACUGAAGCUGAGAUUACAUGCCAGCUGGACUUGCAAGGCCAAAAGUCAGAAUGGCCAUGUUGGGUCAAGAACCCCAUGUUUUGACACUGGACUCACCCUCCUACGGCACAGUUACACUGUAAGGGGUGGGAAGGAAGGAGGUAUAAACAGCCUGGGUGUCACAAGGAGGGUUUUUCUGUUCCUCUUUUCCAAUGUUCUUGGCUUUUCUGUGUAUAACUCAAUGAAAGUAUUGCCAUAUUGACCUUAUUGCAGAGCAAAUAGAACUGGGACCGUUCUU